AUGUCUUCUGAAUCUGAUGGUUAUUUAGAAUUUUUGUCCAAACCAAUUUCUCAAGUUGGAAGUUUGGUUUUAGAUUGGAAUCGGAAUAUUGUCUAUGCUACAGAAGGAAUGGGAUUGAAAUACUUUUCGAUACAAACUUCUAGAGGUUGGUUGAAAAAUCUUUUUUUUUUCGUGAAGAAUAUGUAUUUUUGCAGGCGAUAUGGUUGAAUAUAAAGUUGUUGAUGUAAAUCAAGAAUAUAUGAAAGAUUUGGGAGUGAAAUUCGAUACAAUUGGAGAUUUGAUAAAUGCAAUUAUAACAUGA